UUCUGUGGAGUGACAGCACUAUUGCCUCUAUGAAAGUGUCUCUGCCUCGACCUCAAACUGAUGUGAAGAUUCUGGAAGGUGACUCUUUACAAGACAGAUUCAGAGCUCUUGAAAUGUCUCCUGUGUCAAGAACAAAAGCUCUUCAGGGAGAAGUUAAUGGAGCUGCAGCUUUUCUGAAUCACCCAAUUCAGUCUGAGCAUCAGGACCGAGUUACACUGCACUAUAAAACCACCACCAGACUGGACAUGAUCAGUCAAACACUGUUACAUGAAGGAGUUUCUCCAUCAGUCAUUAAUACAACCACAGCUACACAUGUGAUCAUAGCUGUGAGCUACGGAGCUCAAGCCUUCUUUGUGUUUGAUCAUUGGUUGAAUAAUUCAGAGAAAACUGCAGAAAUGAAAGAUGUAAUCAAGAAGCUGUGCACUUCUUUUUGUGCAAGUCAAACAAGUUCAAGCCUAAAUGACAAUGAAAAAGCUAUGAGCUUGUUAUAUAACUGUAGUCUCUACAUUGAUGUGGGUGACUGGAAGAGUCCAGUGUCUUUUGACAAGGCAGUGAAGAUUUAUGAUUCUCUGCCAGAACUGCUUGGAUCUCAAGGUGAGAAAGCUGUUCCUCUGAAGGUUUGGCUUUACCCUCUGAAGAAACUGGAGAGGACCUCAGUGUGUGCUGCUCUCAGUGGAGUCAAUGCAAGUUUUACUCAAAGAGCUGGGAACAUCCUAGAACAUCUGAAUAAACAGAUCAAGAAAUGUCAGGAUUUUAUGACGAGCACUGAUAAUCUAAGUGUGAUUAUUUGGUUUCCUGCUUUGAAAGAUAAAUUAGUGGAUUUUUCAGAGCUUCUUCAGAAAUACAAAGCAGAUUGUCAGAGAGGUAUCACAGAGAUUAAAAAUUCUGAAGCUAAAGUAGAGGAAGGAGAGAAGAAACUUCGACAUUUCAUAGAGACUCAUGACCGAUCACCAUUCAGUGCAGAUAACAUAAACCAGUGGCUGGAGAAUAAAGAAACUGAACUGAAGAUUUUAAAUGAUUGUAAAGCUGCAGACAUCACUGUUGUGAAAUCACAGUCAGAGUUACAUCAGAUCAUAAAUGACCCACAGAUAAACCGAGUGAUGUGUUUCACUCUUACCUCACCAGAUGAUGAAGAUUCAUUCCUCACAGCUCUGAAGCACCAUAUUGAAUCUGAUCACAUUACACCAACAUAUUCACUUCAGUCCAAACCUGUUCAAAUCAAUCAGAAAGUGCUCAUUGAUUUACAGUUGUAUAUUGCUGCUAAAGAAGCAAAUGAAGAUACAGAACAAACCAGAUUCAUUGCUGCAUCUGUACCAGAUGAUGAAUUUCCUGAAUUCACUGUGCAGUUUUAUUAUGCUGGGAUGAUUGUGAGCAGAAACAUGAAGUUUGGAGUGAAACCAGAUCUUGCUCAGAUAACUCAAAUAAAACACAACAGUGUGUCUGUGAAGUGGAAUCAUUCGCAGAAAAAAAGCAUUGAGAGAUUUGUGGUGGAGUACAUUGUUGUGGGAGAUGAUGGGAUGAAUAACAACACUUGGAAGCAGAUAACAGUUUACAAUCACACUUUUAAAGAAGAGUGUGUUAUUUCUAGUUUAAAACCAGACACAGAGUAUCAGCUCAGAUAUGCAGUUUGUGACAACAACAGUAUGAGCAGCUUCAGCUGGUUUAUUUACUUUCAAACAUCUUCUGUAACGAGGCCAGGACGACCCUCUGUUGCUAAACUGAGCAGAGAUACUCUCAGACUAACCUGGUUAAAAGCUGAAGCAGAUGAAGAUUGUCCAGUUCUGCAGUAUAUGGUUGAGUAUAGAGAAGCAGGACUGGAGGGCUGGUCAUCAGUAUUAACACAAGGAUCUGAGUGUGAAUGUACUUUAACUGAACCUCACAGCACCUGCUAUAGAGUCAGAGUAUCUGCUGUCUAUGAGAACAUCACCAGCAAACCUAGUGAGGAAACAUCUGUACCUGUGGAUGUCUGGAUCAUAAACCUUUCAAGGAGAAAGACCUCCAUCCUCCUAGAAGUGCUGAAACUGCAAACAGAGAAGAAACCAGUAGAGCUGAUAGACUGCACAGAUGAUGAGAGUGAAGUGAGAGGAUUCAUUCAGUGUCUGCCAUACAUCUCACAACUGAGGAAUGCCGAGGAGUAUAUCCCAUCACUGUGUAAAGUGUUUGGUCCUAAAGUGAAUAGAGAUGAGGUGACUCCUCUGCUUCAGGCUCUGGGGUUUACAGUCACUCUGAGUGAAAAAUUACCCAGCAGCACCUGCAGAUGUGUGGGGAGAGUGUUGAGUCUCUCAUCCUCAAAACUAAACCUGACUCUAAAGUCACAGGCAAUCUCUCCUGAAGGUGUCACAUUACUCUUCAGACACAUAACACACCUACAGACCCUCAGUCUUGAAGACAGAAUGGUGAUGAUGAUGAUCAAAGCACUGAGAUCAUGUAAUGGUCGUUCUUCACUGAUCAUAGAGGAACUUUCAUUGAUCACAAAAGACUCAAAGCAAAAUCACUGUAGGAUUGUGAGCAGCUUAACUUCUCUUCUGAGACGACUGUCUGUCCAACGUCUGGAUCUUACUGAAUGUAAAAUAGAUGCUGUGUCUGUCACUGCUGUGUUGUGUCUUCAGGGACUCCAGACUAUCAGGUUGUCUAAAGAGACUCUUCAGCAGCUGGUUUCAGUGGUGUAUGAAGCACAGGAUGAUGAACUGACACGCUGCUUUCUGAAGAAGGUGUCUGAAGAUCUGACUUCAUGCUCACUGACCUGGGAAGUGAUUCAGUAUCUGCUACAACAUCAACCUUUACAAUUAAAGUUGGACUUGAGGAAAAGCGAAAUCUCUUGUGAAAAAAUCAGAAAACUCGUGCCUUGUUUAGACAGAAUCCAGUUGAAAAGGUUGACUCCCAGUUUCAUUCUGUCCAUCAUUAUGGAGAUUUAUGAGAGUCGCUCUCCUCAGUUUGUGUCCGGUCUGUUGAGUUCAGCUGAGAAUGACAUCAACCUGAAGAACAAAGUGUUGAAUUCAGAUCAGUGUUCAGCUCUGUGCUUCACUCUCCAGCACUGUAACACUGUCAAACUCAAUCUGUUCUGGACCUCCAUACCAGAGGAGGAGCUAAAGAGACUUCUGCCCUUACUCAACAGAGUCACACAACUCAGUGUUGACAGACAGCUCUUACUGAAGCUGCUUCAUUGCUGCAGUUCAUCUGAUGACCAACAGGAGGCAGCAAAUCUUCUGCUCUCUGCUCUUCAGUACAGACUGGAUUUCUCCUCCAGCUCAAUUCUCGACCUCACAGUCACACAGGAAAUUGAAAAUCAUUUGACUCUCACCAUUGAUGACUGUAGAAUAAUCUCAUCUGUGCUCCAAAAAACAAAAAGUGUUGUUAAGUUGGUUUUAGUGGACUGUGAGGUCUCUGAUUCGGCAUUGAAACAAAUUCUUCCAGUUCUGUCUCAGGUUCAGCUCAGCUGUGGUAAAGCUCUUCUGCUGCAGUUUCUGGCCUGUAUCAGUAAAAGAACUAAGAAAGGAUCUUUGAGGUGUGUUCAGGCUCUUUCUCGAGCUUUAGGAGGUGAGGUGGACCUCAGUCACUCUCAGAUGGAUCAGAGAUCUUGUGAACAGCUGUCAGUGUUUCUGGAAUAUUCUGAUGGAUUGACAGAACUGGACCUCAGUCACUGCAGACUCACUGAUCAAUACAUGAAUCCACUCUUACCACACCUGCACAAGACUCAAACUCUAGAUCUGAGUCAAAACAAUAUUACUGAUGAACUAGCAAAGAAAAUACACACUGUUGUUUCCACUCACGACAAUAUUCAGACAGUACGACUUUUUGGAAACAAAAUCAGAGACAAACAGCAGUUUACCAGAGUCAAGCAAAUCGAAAUGUGGUGAAGACACAGGGGCAGCAGCAGGUGAUUUUCCCAGGGCUUCAGCCUCGAAUGUUUUGAGUUUAGCCCCGAAUGUAUUUUGAAAAGUUGACUGCCAAAUAUGAAACCGGAAAAUAGCCUAUGCAAACCCCGGAAAUCAAGUUGCCCUAUUUCAUUGUGCUUUGGCUUUACUGCAAACAGCCUGUUAAAAAUAGACAUAGGUCUUAAAGAUAGAAUACGUUUCUUUGCUUACUCAGUUUCUUCCUCUCUGUUGAAUAUGCAGCAGGUAGGGGAGGAGCUAACGAGAGCACUAUUUAACUACAAGAAUGAAAAUAUUGAUCUCUACAAUGGUAACCUGAAAAAAGUAUCUUUAAAAUUUAAAUCAGAUAAUUUAACGCAUUACUACAUUAAACUUAAUAAUAUAAACCAUAAUAAUAUGAAAUAAAAUAAUAUUUAUAAAAACAUCCCCAAAAUUAGCCCAUAGUCUAAUUUUGGCGGUUCAGUGACAUCAUCAGCUCAUUCAGGUCAUGUCUGAGUAAAACUCACGUGCAAAAAUCUACUUGAGAGGAAAGAUUAAAGUUCUCAUGACAUUUUACUCCUGCAACCUGCCGCGAUUACACUUUUAUAUGCUACAGAUCACGUUUGUUAAUUUGCUACUUGGUAUGUAUUGUUAUUAUUAUUAUUUAUUCUGUUGGUGAAACUGAAUACUCUUAUCGUGUAUAUCAUAGGUGAGGAAAUGUAAGUUAUGUGUUUUGCUGUAAUUGUAGACUGGACAUAUUGGUUUAUUUCAAACGAGUUUGUUUUCCUAAUGAAAAGAUUUUGACAGAUUUUGAACAUUAAACAUUAAAUGCUUACUAUUUAUGUCAAAAAUCCAAAUUAGUUAUAAUAAAUAUUCUUAUUAUUAUACACUUAAUUCACUUUUCGAGUGAUCCCUAUAUUUAAUGUGGUCUGGGCUAAGCCCCGGAGGUCCUUUAAUGCUGGAAAUGCCUCUGGUUUGAAACAUCAAGAAAAUCAACUACUAACUUGACUUGGUUUAGUAGUAUCAUCAUCAUUGAAUUAAAUACCUUUAAAGUUUUGUUUUCUGUUUAAACCGAACCACAUGGAUUAAUGUAAACUGUAUAGUUUAUUAUAGAGCUAUGAUUAAAUACUGUUUAUUUCCUUAAAUAAUAAUGUCUUUAAUCAAAUAUUAUUUAUGUAGUGUGACUGUGCCAGGAUAAACAUUGUUAUAUUUAACUUGUGGUUAUGAUUAUAUGUUCUGUUUUUUGCAGUAAAGCCUACAUUUCAUUUUUCAUCUUAAUACACAAGUGUGUAAAUGUUUAACACAUGUUAUAUAUCAUAGUGGAUAACUACACAACCCAUGAAGACAAAGUCAUUGUUAUAAAUGAAGUAAGAACUGCUUGUGUGCUCAGAAAACAUCAGGCUGCUUUUGUCUUUAAUUGUUUAGCUUUUAAGGAUAAAACAUAUUAACAUUUUAUGAGGGCUUGAAUAAGAUUAUGAGUACCUGUCCCACAUGAAGACAUGUUUAUUUUUAAGUUUGUUUUUAAGCCAACCAAAGCAUUUUUCUUUAGCUAUUUUAGGCAACUUAACCUUCUGUAUGUGACCCUAUAUAAAAUAAUU